AGAAUCUGACAGUUUCAAUGAAUAUUCAGGAGAUAAAUUAUCAGAAUAACUUAUUUUUAAAUAAUGGCCGCAAUAGAAAGCAAACCUGAUUCCAACAGAAACUCUUUUGGUCUUAAGCCCGAAGAUUACAUUUACGAGGACGAUUUGUGUUAUGUGUUCGACGAACUAUACAAUCCGCAAGCCCCUGUCCACUUCGUGGUGGCGCCGAAGAAACAUAUUCCGAGACUAUGCCACGCCACAGACGAAGACGAGAAGAUUCUUGGCCAUCUCCUCAUCGUCGCCAAAGACACAGCUAUAUUCCGCGGCCUCCACAAGACGGGCUACCACGUGGUGGUAGACGAGGACCACAGAGCGGGGACACUGCGGGCGCUCCAUGUGUUCGGGCGGGCGCUGCAACAUAUGUUAUGGCCGACGGGGCCUGGAGCACGGCUCUAA